UGUGCUUUAAGUCAGGGUUCUCUCCAGCUGGGCUAGAAUAUGGAUAACGAAUUUUCCGGCUUCUUAAUCGCGCGUACAAUUGUAAAGAGAGCUAUGAUAACAGGCGCCGACAGGACGGUGGUGACAAAACCUAUGGAACACUGAUUACCAAAUUACCCAUCAAGAUUUGGGCCCAGUGACGGGACAAACAUAGUCAAGGCCAUGUUCUCGGUACCAGAUAACUACUUGCAAUCAGAAGAUAUUGAUGAUGAUGAUUUGAUAGACCUUCCUCCAGAGGUGCUGGCUGCCAUCGAGCAGGUCUUGCCCAGCAAUGACCCGUUGGACCGCCACGAUUUUGACGUGGUGGACUACAUCAACCAGCUGUUCCCCAACGAACAGUCGCUAGGAAACAUCGAUGAUGUCAUCUCAUCGAUGACGGAGCGGGUGCGCAGCAUCGACCAAGAGAUCAGGAACGUGGUCAGAGGGCACACCAACGCCGGACAGGACGGCAAGCGGGCGCUGGAGGAGGCCCAGAAGUCGAUCAUGCAGCUGUUCAACAAGAUCUCGGAGAUCAAGGGCCGGGCCGAGCUGUCGGAGCAGACGGUGAAGGAGAUCACGCGCGACAUCAAGCAGCUGGACCAGGGCAAGCGUAACCUGACGGCGACCGUCACCACGCUCAACCACCUGCACAUGCUGGCCGGCGGCGUCGACACACUUCAGUCUCAGAUCUGUCAGCGCCAGUACAGCGACAUCGCCAUGCUGCUGGAGGGCGUGAUGAAGGUGCUGGAGCACUUUGACAAGUACCUCGACAUUCCGCAGAUCAAGGAGCUGGCCGAUCAGGUGCACAAGAUCAGAGCGGACCUGGCCGAGCAGAUCUCGGCCGACUUCCGCGAGGCGUUCUCGGCCACCAACACCAAGAAGGCCAUCCCGAGCCAGCAGCUGGGUGAAGCCUGCCUCGUCGUCAACGUGCUGGAGCCGAAAGUCAAACGGGACCUGCUCAAGUGGUUCGUCGGCCUGCAGCUGGCCGAGUACACGCACCUGUUCGGCGCCAACGAGGAGCAGGCCUGGCUGGACAGCAUCGACAAACGCUACACGUGGCUGAAGCGGCGUCUGAUCGAGUUCGAGGAGCGCUUCGGCCGCCUCUUCCCGCCCGAGUGGGAGGUGUCGGAGCGCAUCGCCGUCGAGUUCUGCCACGUGACGCGGGUGGAGCUGUCGGCCAUCAUGGCGCGCCGGGUGUCCGAGAUGGACGUCAAGCUGCUGCUGUUCGCCAUCCAGCGGACAUCCGGCUUCGAGACGCUGCUGUCGCGCCGCUUCUCGGGCGUCACGCUGCAGCAGGAGCGGCGGCCGGCCACUGCCGUCCCGCCGCCGCCGGAGUCGACGAACCCGUUCGGGGAGCCGGAGCCGGAGUCGACGAACCCGUUCGAGCAGGAGGAGGCGGCGGCGGCGGCGGCGGCGGCGGCGGCGGUGCUGCCGCGGCCCGAACAGCCGGUGCCCUCCGACCCGUUCCAGGGCAUCAUCAGCCAGUGUUUCGAGCAGCACCUUAACAUCUACAUCGAGAGCCAGGACAGGAACCUGUCGGACCUGCUGGAGCGCUUCAGCCAGGAGCUGAAGAGCAAAGGUUUCCCCAGCCCGGCGUCCGAGAGCUCGCUCAUCCUGCCCAGCUGCGCCGACCUCUUCAUGUUCUACAAGAAGUGCAUGCUGCAGUGCUCGCAGUUGAGCCGCGGCCGCCAGCUGCUGGCGCUCACGGCCGUGUUUCAGAAGCACCUGCGCGAGUACGCGCUCAAGAUCCUGCUGGCCAACCUGCCCAAGCAGACGGUGAGCGCAGCCGGCGGCUCCUCCGGCAAGACGCUGCCGCUCGACCUGAAAGACCUCUCCAACCUGUCCAACCUGCGCGACAUGGCGACUGCCGGCUUCCUGCACAACUUCCAGAGCCUGCUGAAGGAGGGCGAGAUCCAGCGCCUGACGCGGGACGACCUCGGCAGAGUGUGCAGUGUCCUGACCACGGCCGAGUACUGCUUAGAGACGACUCAGCAGCUGGAGAGCAAGCUGAAGGAGCGGGUGGAACCGGCGCUGGUUGACAAGAUCAACCUCAGCAGCGAACAGGACGUGUUUCACAAUGUGAUCGGCAACUGCGUGCAGGUGCUGGUGCAGGACCUGGAGACGGCCUGCGACCCGGCCCUGGUGAUGAUGACUAAGAUGAGCUGGCAGAACGUGGAGUCGGUGGGCGACCAGAGCGGCUACGUGUCGACCAUCACGUCCCAGCUGAAGCAGACGGUUCCCGUGGUGCGCGACAACCUGGCUGGGUCGCGCAAAUACUUCACGCAGUUCUGCGUCAAGUUCGCCAACUCGUUCAUUCCGAAGUUUAUCCAGCACAUCUACAAGUGCAAGCCUGUGAGUACGGUGGGUGCCGAGCAGCUGCUGCUGGACACGCACUCGCUCAAGACGGAGCUGCUCGACCUGCCAUCUCUCGGCAGCCAGGUGCAACGCAGCGCACCGGCCAGCUACACCAAGAUCGUGGUCAAGGGCAUGACGCGGGCCGAGAUGCUGCUCAAGGUGGUGAUGUCGCCGCACGAGCGGCCUGCCGACUACGUCGAGCAGUACAGCCGCCUGCUGCCCGAAUCGGACGCCGCAGAGUUCCAGAAGGUGCUCGACAUGAAGGGGGUGCGCCGGACGGAGCAGAGCCAGUUGCAGGAGGCGUUCCGCAGCAGCCGGCCGGGCGGCUUGGCCGCCGGCGGUGUCCCCAGCGGCAGUCCGGAGCACGAGGCCGGCCGCAUCCACCGGCUGGAGAAGCUGAUCAAGCGCAGGAUGUAGCGGAGGAGGCGCAGGAGGCGCGCCGGGCGGGGCGGGGCGGCCGUUUCUGGGGAGCUUUACACUCGCGGAUGCGUGGUUGUGUUCUGUUGUUCGUGGUGAUGUCUAUGAUACAUGGCGGGAGUAUACUAUACACGGUU